UACUCGAGCUACUAUUUGUAAAUUCGUCAUAAAAUACAUUUAGAAUUCCGGUGUUGACACGACUCGACAGAUUGACGAACAAUCAUUUUUUCCAGCGGCAGCAUCCGUUUGAAUUUAACAUUUAUUUGAAAAUUUAAAGUAGUUGAAAGAAAAACAGACAAUUUUUCAGACAGUUAUUUUCGACUAGGAAUGACUGGUGUACGUACCAAGGUUUCCGGAGCACUCGGGAUUUUUUUUCACGUCGUUAUACGCGUUGUGUAAAUUCGAGAGUGGCCAUUUCGAGAGGAAAACCAUUCCUGCAGUUCCAAUCUGCACAAGUAGCAGGUAGUAUAGAACAUACCUGUAUAUCGGUACAGCGGUGGCGCGAAGUUCGUUAAAAUGAGUGAGUCGUACACGACGGUCUCGACGUGUACACAUCGCGAUUCAUAACGCGACGUGUGUGAAAUAUUUUUGUGGCUUAAUAUCGGUAGUGAAGCGGGAGUGAAGCGAGCCAAAGUAUUCCAUUCAAAACUGACGAUCCCGAGGGAAAAGUCCUUACUCGAAAUCGAGUUUGUAAAGCUGGAAGCAGGGAAACAACAACAACAAGCGCGCUGAUAAUGUUCACCGGCCUGCUCGCCGUAGCUCAUGGAGGAAUAAUUGGCGGAGGCAUCGUUGGAUCUCCAGCUGCUGUGGCUGUGGCACAACCUGCAACCGUCGUUCGCACGGAAGACUACGAUCCCAAUCCUCAGUACAGCUACAGCUACAGCGUCGCUGACGGCCUGACCGGCGAUAACAAGGCCCAGGAGGAAACGCGCAACGGAGAUGUUGUCCAGGGUAGCUACAGCCUCGUCGAACCCGACGGCUCUCGAAGGACCGUGUCCUACGCCGCUGACCCGGUCAACGGAUUCAAUGCCGUGGUCCAAAAGGACCCUGCCAUUUCAGUUAAGACCGUCUCUGCGCCGGGGCCGCUUUUGGGACAAACCCUCGUCACAGGACCCCAGCAAAUCAUCCGGCAUCCGAUACUGACCGGGGCCGCUGGGCCAGCGGUGGUGACCACUGCUUCCGGAUCGCUACUCCGUCAAUCGGCUGUACUUGCCGGCGGUCAGGUGCUCCGGCAGUCGCUGGUGGCCGGUGAACCCGUACUUCGUCAGUCAGUGAUAACGGCGCCCUCCAUCACGUCUCAGAACAUCAUUAGUGCCCCGUCCGUCAACGGUGGUGUCGUUGCCACCGCACCGCUGGCCUACGGCAUCGGACUGGGACUUAGGGCCGGAUCUCUUUAUGGUGCCCAUCCUGUUCUCCAGUCUGCCUACGGAACUGGAGCUAUACUGAAGGUUCACUAAGCGGCAGAGAUGCCAACGAUUCAGCAACAGCGUUUUCCUACCUUGGGUCAAUGUCCGCCCGAGACGCAACGUUGGAUAAAAACGCUGUGGCCGAUUCGCGAACAACUUGAACCGAGUAAAUCUUCAGAAAACGACACUUAAAGAGUAACAAAAACAAGUUAUCGCUUUGAAUUUGGUCAAUAUUUAGUGUCAUUUCGGUAACGCGCCUAACGCAUCUCGCGCUGAUUCCAAUUAAUGUAGCCGAUCUGUUAUAAACAAAUUAUAAAUCGUAGGAGAAA